UGUGAGUCUCUGUUAAUCGUGAUUUCUGUUAGAAAUGGAGCCCAAGCUGCUGAGGACUUUGCUGAUGAAUGUUGCCAGCACAUCACGUUUGGCAGUUGAGCUAUUCCUUCAGCUCCAAAGUGACAGUGAGGAGUCCGAUGAUGAUAUUGAUUCGCCUGACGCGCGUGACAAUAAAUUGCUUGUGGCAGUAACGGACAUGCUCAGCACCGUGGAACGCCACCUUUGGGCUCGGGAAACAAGCACUGAGUGGUGGGAUCACAUCAUCCUGCAAGUCUGGGAUGACAAGCAGUGGCUGCAGAACUUUCGGAUGAGAAAAGCCACUUUCAUGGGACUGUGUGCUGAGCUCGCCCCGACCCUGCGGCAUAAGGACACGAGAUUGAGAUCUGCCCUGUCAGUAGAGAAGCGGGUGGCUAUUGCAAUCUGGAAGAUGGCAACUCCAGACAGCUACCGAUCAGUCGUGAACCAGUUUGGAGUGGGAAAGUCAACCGUUGGAAUAGCGUUGAUGCAAGUUUGCAGGGCCAUUAAUUGCAUCCUGCUAAGAAGAAUCGUGACUCUGGGGAACAUGCAGGACAUUCUGGAUGGCUUUGCACAAAUGGGUUUCUCUAACUGUGGAGGGGCGAUAGAUGGGACGCAUAUUCCUAUUCUGGCACCACCCCACCUGGCAUCCGAGUACAUUAAUCGGAAGGGGUAUUUCUCUGUGGUUCUCCAAGCGCUUGUGGAUCACCGUGGGCGUUUCAUUGACAUUUACACAGGAUGGCCUGGAAAGGUGCAUGAUGCACGCAUCUUUCGGAACAGUGGCCUGUUCAUGAAGCUGCAGGCCGGGACUUUUUUCCCAGACCACAAGAUCACAGUAGGGGAUGUCGAAAUGCCCAUUGUGAUCCUUGGAGACCCCACUUACCCGUUAAUGCCAUGGCUCAUGAAACUGUAUACAGGGAAGCUUGACAGGAGCAAGGACCGGUUCAACUACAGGCUGAGCCGAUGCAGAAUGACUGUGGAGUGUGCUUUUGGCCAUUUAAAAGGGCGCUGGAGAUUCCUGCAGCCUCUUAUUCUCUCUCUGGCAAACUGA